UUCCCCACCCACUCACUCACUCACUCACUCCUUCACUGCAUGGUAAAAGCAGAAAAAGGGGGGGAAGAGAGCGUCUGUUCAACAUACACCAUCUCUCUGCUUAGAUGAGCGAGGGUAGAUGUGACUCGGAAGUACUUUGCUGGCGUUACUUUACUCCAAUCUAACUUGCCGAGCCUUUUGUUCUCAAUCAAUCCAAGACCCUGCACUCCAUCAUCACCUUGAACCUUUUCUGAUUAAUCGCGUUGGCGCGCAUCAGUUUGGGCGGCUACCGUUGACAACCAACUCGGCUUUCCCCCCCUGCGAGAGAAGAGACCAGUAAACUCUCUGUUGUCUCGCGGCAUAUUACCGGGUUGUUUUUUAAUUUCUAACUCUCGAACCUCGCAUGGUGUACAGCGCACAAUGGCGACGUUAAACAACGGUCCCCCGGGACAGGAGAAGGACGGCAUCGCGCAGGAGGCCACGGCGGACGCCUCCGUUGUCGCCAACGACAGCCCCCCGACGUCCACAUCACAGACAUCACCAACUACCGAGAAGGCAUCGAUCCCUGCCGGGCCGCCGGACGGUGGUCUGCAAGCAUGGCUCCACAUCAUUGGCUCGUUCUUCCUUUACUUCAAUACGUGGGGCUUGAUAUCCAGCUUCGGCGCCUUCCAGGCCUUCUACCAGUCCGACAUCCUUAGCGGCAGCACCCCCUUCCAGAUCUCGGCCAUCGGCUCCCUGCAGAACUUCCUCAUGGUGUUCCUGGGCUUCAUCAUAGGGCCCAUCUACGACCUCGGCUACUCGCGCUACCUCCUCGUCGUCGGGUCCGUCCUCGUGCUCGCGGGGCUCAUCCUGCAGGCCUUCUGCCGCACCCUGUGGCAGUUCCUCCUCUGCCAGGGCGUCGUCAUCGGCAUCGGGACGGGCUGCCUGUCCACCCUGGGCGUGGCGCUGCCGUCGCAGUGGUUCUCGACGAGGCUGGCGCUGGCCAACGGCAUCGCGGCCAACGGGAGCGGUGUUGGCGGCCUCGUUCUGCCCGCCCUGUUCCGCGCCAUGCAGCCCAAGAUCGGAUUCCGCUGGACCGUCCUUGUCUUCGCCCUCAUCUCGCUCGUCACGCUCGGCGUCGCCAACCUCGUCAUCAAGACCUCCAAGCUCAAGAUCCCGCUGAAGCGCCGCCCGCUCGUCGACCGCUCCGUCUUCCGCGACGUGCCCUUCCUCUGCUUCCUCGCCGCCUGCUGCCUGCUCUUCCUCGGCAUGUACACGCCCUACGUCUACGUCCAGAGCUACGCGCUCGACAGGGGCAUGGCGAGCGAGGACGUCGCGCUCUACCUCCUCUCCAUCCUCAACGGCGCCUCCAUCGUCGGCCGCAUCGUGCCCAACUUCUUCGCGCCCCGCGUCGGCAUCAUGAACAUGAUCGCCGCCGCCGUCUUCGUCAUGUCCGUCGCCGCCUUCUCCUUCGCCGCCACCAACAGUCAGGCGUCGCUGAUCGCCGUCACCGUCGUCUACGGCUUCUUCAGCGGAACCUUCUUCGCGCUGCAGCCCACGACCUUCGUCAAGCUGACGGCCGACAAGAGCUACAUGGGCACGCGCUUCGGCAUGGCCUUCACCGUCAUGUCCGUGGCCCUGCUAUUCGGCUCGCCCAUCGCCGGCGCGCUGUCCAGGUCUCACGGCUACCUGAGCGGGUGGAUCUGGUCGGGGUGCUGUCUGGCGGCGAGCGGCGCGACCAUCUACGUUGCGCGCGGCUUCUCGGGCGGUUGGAAGCCGAACAAGAUUGUUUGAGUUGUGAUAGACCCAGCCGGCCAUCGAUGUCUCGAGUCUGUAAAUACGUAGCACGUGGUUUCUUGUCAAAAAUUUUGAUAUCUAGCCACCGCCAUAUUACCAGCUGAGCCUGGUAGGUCUACUCGCAGUGAGAUAAAGAGUCUACGAUUAUCCAUAUCGGGGCGAGAAGACGCAACAGACUGAUUCAGUUGGAUGUCACCAAACUGAGAGCGUCAGUGAUAACCCUCCCCCCAAGACGUCAUGGCGAUCCCUGACGAAGCCGGCAUUGCGGCAUACAGCCGGCAAGCUGCGUGCUAUCCAUCCAGCUCUCGGCGCCUCGGACAUCGAUAUGCUUUCGGGCCGCGGCCGCAACCCAUGUCUGGCCUCAACCCAUGCCCCGGCCUCCAUCAGCGGCAAGGUCCGCUCCAAUGUGAACUCCUGUCACGACUCACCAACCACUUUUGCCGCCAGGAACAGCCGACGGCUUCAUUCUUUCAUUCCGACGAGUUUCGGUGGAGAAAUCAGGAAACAAAAAGGGGGCCACACUCUUCCUCUUCCGCUAAAAGGUGGAUGCGCCAGUGUGGGAGCCGCCGUUGCCGCUGACUCGCCAUUGCGACCUGACAGGGAACCAGCAAGGAAACCCGCAAAGAAACCCGCAAGGGACCCGGGUCGAGGACGGAUCGAACAAUGAACAAGGUAGCUCGCUAUGAGGGGAGGGUCUCUUAUGAC